AUGGCACAAAAGACUGAGGAAGGAAUUAGUGUACGAGUCUAUACGUUUGUUGAUGACAAAGAUAAAACGCCAGAUAUAAAUUGGUGGCAAAAGUUCUGUUUGCGAUGUCACCAACCGGAAACGACGCCAUCUUCGGAGCCAUUGUGGUGGGGAAACGUGUUUCCGUUUCCCAUAUUCCCAACAUUUCGGCAAACAGCACAGCAGAUAUGCAUUAUAGUUUUCUUUUUGCUCAUAUGGGGAAUUCUGUUUGCGGAAAUAGGAGAACCCGUAAGCCUGAACGGCGAAUUGCUUAGUAUGACAUUACUGGUCAUUGCAUCGUACUUAGUUGGAUGGAUCUGGUUGAAAGUAACAACGUUACCAGCACUUAUAGGCAUGCUACUUACCGGAAUAUUAUUCCAAAAUUUACAUUUGGUUCACAUGACGGAUACUUAUCGACAACUUAAUCAGGAUCUUAGGAAAAUAGCCCUAGUGAUCAUUCUAAUGCGAGCUGGGUUAGGUCUCAAUGCCGAUGUUUUAAAAAAACAUUAUAUAGCAGUACUUCAAUUAGGCCUUCUGCCGUGGCUUGUCGAGUGUGUUGCGAUAGCUGUCAUGUCGCAUUAUCUACUAAGUUUACCUUGGAUAUGGGGAUUCCUCCUAGGUUCAAUGAUUGCGUCCGUGUCACCAGCGGUGGUAGUGCCAUGUCUAUUCCGUUUACGUGAAGUUGGUUACGGAGUGGCGAAAGGCAUACCCACUUUACUAUUAGCUGCUGCCUCCAUUGAUGAUUCAGUCAGUGUGGCUGUUUUUGCUAUCAUACUAAAUGCCAUGUUCUCUUCUGGAUCGACGACUUUCAAUAUUAUUAAGGUAAAUACUCCAAGGCGGGGUAUGGGGCAAAAUGUGACCUCCGUGAUCCCAGAAAACAAAAGGGGACAAAUAUGUGGUCCUCUUGCAAUCGUUUCGUCGGGUUUCAUGGCCGCAUACUUUUGGGAGAAACAAGGCUGGCCAGUUAAUAAUAACCCAGUUAGCAAUUUGUUUAGAAUUCUGUGGAUUUUCUUCGAACCAAUACUAUUUGCGUUUACCGGAGCUCAAGUAACGCUCAGUGCAUUAGACCCAGAUGUUAUAUCGAUGGGCGCUAUCUGUCUUUUGUCCUGUCUGGCGUUACGUGUAAUUGCGACUUUCCUAAUAAGCUUCGGCUGUGGACUUAAUUCAAAGGAAAAACUGUUUAUUGGACUAACUUGGAUGGCUAAAGCUACUGUUCAGGCAGCCCUAGGUCCAGCGGCCUUAGACUUAGUAAAAAGCGGUAAAUCGGCCGGCGACACACACGCCAAUGAAGAAAUAUAUGCGAAAACGAUACUUGCUAUGAGCGUGCUUAGUGUGGUUAUAUCCGCACCGGCUGGUGCAAUAUUUAUAGCAUUAACUGGGCCUAGGUUACUUAGUAAAGAAUCACAACCAAAAACAAUAGAAACCGUCGAAAGUAUUGAAACAAUUGUUCAAGAAAAUGGAAUGUCAACGGAUUUAUGA